AUGGACAGGCAGGAAGUGUGUUUUCAUGUACUCUUGGACUUAAGCUCAGCGUUCGAUACAAUUGAUCAUAAAACUAUCAUUGACGUAUUGGAGUAUCAAUUUGGAGUGACGGAUAGGGCUCUUGAAUGGAUAAAAUCAUAUCUAUUGAACAGGAAACAGAGAGUUGAUCUGGAUAACAAUUUUUCUGAAGACUGCGAUGUUAAGUACGGAGUGCCUCAAGGGAGUUGUCUUGGCCCCAUACUUUUUCUGCUUUAUGUAUCCCAACUAUAUGACAUUAUUGACAGGCACUUACCCUCUUCUCAUGGAUAUGCUGAUGACACGCAACUUUAUGUAUACUUUCGCCCAGAUUGUGAAGAUAAUUCAGAAAGUACCCUAGCCAUACUGGAAGAUUGUAUUUAUGAUGUUCGUACUUGGCUGUUGUCUCACAAAUUAAUGUUCAAAGAUUCGAAAACGGAAUUUCUUGUAAUUGGUACACCACAACAACUUUUGAAAAUAAACAUUGAAUCCGUUAACGUUGGUGGGGUCCAAAUUAAGCCGGUUGACAGUGUUCGAAAUUUGGGAUCUUGGUUUGACAAGCAUAUGUCAAUGUCAGUUUAUGUAGCCAAGAUGUGCAGUAAAGCAUUCAGAGAACUUUAUAAAAUACGACAAAUUAGAAAAUUUUUAUCUACUAAUACAACGAAAACUUUGAUACAUGCUUUCGUGACAUCACACGUGGACUAUUGUAAUGCUCUGUUGGGUUAG